AUGUACAUGUGGCAGUUGCACGCCCACACCCCGCUAAAAUUUGUCGCCGCCGCGGAGGCUCACGACCCGCGUGUGCAUCCGGGCGGCCGGCGGCAGCUCUCGCUCAAGGCGGGCUGGCGGCUGAAUGGCAACCUGCAGACGCUCGGCUACUUUGCCGCCGAGAUGUGCGUGGGCAACCCGCCACGGUCCUUUUCGCUCAUCGUCGACACCGGCUCCGGCAUGACGGCGCUCCCUUGCGCCGACUGCACUCACUGCGGCCACCACUCGGCGGGCACUCGCUUUGACGCUUCGGCGUCGCCAACCUCGUCGGUGGUUGGCUGCUCCGGCUGCGGCUCGUGCGACCGCGGCUCGUGCGGCUACUCGGUCUCGUACACGGAGGGCUCCUCCAUUCGAGGCCGCCUCGUCAGGGAUGAGGUGCACUAUGCGGUCGACGGCGCAUCCGGCCGCACCGCGCCGACCGUCUUUGGCUGCCAGACGUACGAGUCGGGCCUCUUCCACUCGCAGCAGGCGGACGGGAUCGCCGGCUUCUCGCGCGCGGGCUCCGGAGGCCAGGGCGGCUCGCUGCUGAGAGACCUCUGCGCGGCGACGGGCGCGCCCGCCGCGCGCCCGCCAUCUUCUCGCUCUGCCUCUCCUCGGACAGCGGCGCGCUGGUCAUGGGAGGCGCGGUGCUCGAGUUCCGCGUCGGGGGCCAUACCGUCGGCUCGCCCUCCGCCGCUGCUGCGAGCAGCGCAAGGCUCGCCGUCUGACUUUUCGCACUCGAUCGUCGACUCGGGCACCACCUUCAUCUACCUCCCCCCGACGCCCUACGCCGCCGUGCGGCGCCUCUUCCAGCAGAGCUGCCCGUGGCCCGCGGGCUGCGCCUCGCGCUCGGUCAAGGGGCACUACCCAGACGACUUCUGCUACACGAUGGAGGAGGCCGACCUCGGUGGGUUCGCCAACCACUCGAUCCGCCUCGGCGGCGGCUUCGAGCUCCCGCUCACGCCGCGACAGUACAUCUACAAGGACCGCCCCGGCGUCUGGUGUCUCGGAGUCUUCGACAACGGCCACGCCGGCCUCCGUGCGCUCAUGGACGGAUACGACACGCCGUCCCCUAGGUUGGAGCCGCAGUCGAAUGACGCGGAGCCGCGCGACGCACACUCCCUUGGACUCGAGCCGGGUGCCACUGCUGCCGUACCCACCCGGCGGAUCGCUGUCGUCGGUGUUCUGUGCCUCUGCCUCCCGGCUCUGCUUGGCAUCCUGUGUUGGGCAUCGCGGUCACAGCAGAAGCAGCGCCCAUUUCGAAAUUUGCUGCCCAGGAGCGCCUUUUCGAUACGGAAGCUGACGCGGUGA